ACACGGUAGGCGAGGAUGCACAGACGCACAAACACACGAGAAGCUUUGACUGGUGCAGGAGUCUUCACAGCGCGUGCUCUAGGAGUCCCGCAAACUGUUAAGUAACGCGAGCUUCUAGACAAACACAGCUCUUAGCCCCGCUUGUGCAGCUCGAACGGAUCUGUGUACACAGCGAGAAUUAAUACCUCGAUUAUGGAUGUCGCUGUCGACUUAUCCCUGAUACAACAAUAAUUCUGUAGAAUGCCCUCCGCGUCGUGACUAACUGACCAGCCGUGACGCAGCUAAAGGAUGUUUACUAAACAAGACGUCGGCUAAACGGAGCCUCCUUCGACGUUGGUGUAGUCGUGGGAAGGCUGGAAGACGAAGUCGGAUGAAUGAAGGAACGAUGGAUGGACCAUUGGAGGGGUGCAACUUAACCCUGUGUUAUUCUUGGAUAUGUUUGUGUUUCGUUGUCUGAGAGUGAGACGAAGUGUGUUGCUGGUCAUUAUGAGUCUUGGAGGGUUCCUGAUAGUCUGUGCCUACCUCCUCGCCCUGUCUGUCCUCUAUGUGGUGCCUCUGUCCGACUCGCUCGUCGUCAGCGAGAGAUCCUCCACGUCCGACCUCUCCGCCCUAGGGGACAAGCUUCAGCGAGAGGAAUUUAGUGACAAAACUCAGGAUUCACCUUCACUGCUUGUCUCAAGACAUAACAGAGUACUUCAAAAUUCACAUGCUCAAGAAAUAUCGGAGCGAGGCGGGAAGGUUAUCAGCGGGAGAAACAAGCCAAGCUUAGGAGGGAAUACUGGAGACAACUUUGUGAGCAAACGAUCUAAGAUGGAUAAUCGGUUGACAAAUACCGCGAGUACGAUUUAUCUGGAUGAGGAGUGGAGCGAUUCUGGGAGAGGGGAGGAGGAAGAGGAGGAGUAUGAGAUAUUUCAGGAGGGGGGUCAGGUCAAGAGAAAGGACAGCACAGAAUCAACAAGACUCGCAAGGGUACAAGAAAAUGCUAUAAAGAAACUACCCGAGGCACUAAUUAUUGGUGUGAAGAAAGGAGGAACAAGAGCCUUACUGGAGUUCCUCAGGAUCCACCCUGAUGUGCGUGCUCCCGGACCCGAACCCCACUUCUUUGAUAGACACUACAAUAAAGGACUUCAGUGGUACAGGCGACAGAUGCCGACCACACUUCCGGGUCAGGUGACCAUCGAGAAGACCCCAAGCUACUUCGUCACCCGUGAAGUUCCCAAGAAGGUCUUCAACAUGUCCAAGGGCGUAAAACUGAUUGUGGUGGUUAGAGACCCGGUGACUCGUGCAAUAUCAGACUACACCCAGUCCUUCACAAAAAGGCCUUAUUUAAAACCUUUUGAACAAAUGGCUUUCAUAGACAACACGACCCGUCUUGUCGACACCAAGUGGGGUGCUGUGAGAAUUGGAGUUUAUGCCAAACAUGUGGAACGUUGGUUGAGGUAUUUCCCUUUGGAACAAUUGCAUUUCGUCAGCGGGGAAAACCUGAUCUCUGACCCUGCAGGAGAGAUGGCUAAGGUUCAGGAUUUUCUUGGCCUGAAACGGAUAAUUACUGACAAGCAUUUCUACCUCAACCAGACCAGAGGAUUUCCAUGUCUGAAAAAGCCCGAAGGUAGUGGAAGACCUCAUUGCUUAGGUAAAACCAAGGGUCGUCGUCAUCCUCAUGUCGACCCAGAUGUAGUUCAAAGACUGAGAGACUUUUACCGUCCUUUUAAUCUGAAGUUUUAUCAAAUGGUGAAACAAGACUUCGGCUGGACGUGACCCGUCCGGUCAUAAGUCUAGUUAUUGACCGCUGUCACGUCCUGUCUUCAUGACGUGUCAUAAAGAACGCUGUGUUGUGUUGACGGUGAUGUCGUAUGUUGACAAGGUUGGAGCAUGUGUUGACCGUGGGGUGGUCUAAUACAAGGCAUACGCAACAGGGAUCUGGUCUGAAUGGCGCCUGUCCUCAGGUCGGGAUGUGUGCUUAGGCCCUCCGCAAAUUGAAACAAUGAGACACACUGUGAGUUGUCUCACGACUGUGCAAGCCGUGGAAAUAGAUUUCACACCAAGUCUACUGGCAAAUGCAAACAAGGGUUUCUGUGAAGACACUUACAGUGAGGGGCAAAUAUGUUCACUGUUUGCCCCCAUUACACUUUUCUCAUGUCUGUGGCACUAUUAGGUGUAAUCGGAACACGACUACCGGGCAGGCCUAAAAAAUAACGUUUCGUCAAACCUUUGAACUCAGAGAUACAUAGGCCUGUCCACAUACCUAACAAAAUGUUAUUGGCAUAUUUUGAAAAUGCAGUUCUUUAUAUAUUAUGGCUUUGAUUAUAUUAAGUAUUUCUCAAGUCAUUUUGGAAUUAAUUUAAUUUAUUCUGAAAAUUAUCAUUUUGACAAAAGCUAUAUCACAACUUGUAUAAUCAUUCAAAUAUUUAUGAUAUUGUGUGAAAUGUAAUGUGAAGAUAUUGAUAUACAGAGUGAAAUAGCCAGAAAGUGGUUCAGAUGAAUGUGUGAGAUGUAGUUAGGUCCGUGAUGGAACUUACUUCAGAUCCAACAAUGUGUGGAUAUAUUUUGUUGAAAAAUAUCUGCAGUUGCUGUACCUCAUCGCUUUGCCACCAGCUGGGCCCGUGCUUUCCUCAUAUACAAGUGAUUUUACCCGUUGAGAUCUUCGGGCCCACACAAGAUAAGGGACCAACAACAUGGCUGCUUCGUUAGAGAUUUGCUUUUUGCUUUUCUAUCAAUAACGUUUUCAAGACGACGUGAUACUCUACCCUAUGUCGAUGGACAUAAAACCACUUGAAGCAUAUAUGUGUCUCCUAACAUUCGCUGCUAAUUCGAGACAUUAUCAUCUAUGUGACGACAAAACUAACAAUACCGCCGUUUGACGCGUGACGUUUUAUUCUUGUUGCCAUAGAAACAUACCGGAAGCAGUGAUCUAGCUGACUCACUGUAACCCUUCUUCCACUAAAUGCAACUCUGACGCUUAGACAAGUACAUGUUGCGAAAUGUCUACGCAAGGUUCAGCUAUCUCUAUUCGAGUUAGGUGUUAAAACAGACUUACUUCACACGGGUCAAACACACUUGUCAAAUGCCGCCGUAUCUUGCCAGUAAAAAUAGUCAUUAUUCUAACUUCCACGCUAACUGAACGUUGUCCUAUUUCAUUGGGUAGUGGGACAUCACAUGAUAAGGUGAUGGGUCACGUGACCCCGUCAUUUCGACGUGACGCCGUUAUGUAGAAACGACCACACGUUAUCACUUGAAACCUAUGGUGCUAUCAUUUGUAUUUAUUUAUUAUUAAGUGUAUAUACAUUGUAAAGUGGUUUCAAUGAAAUCAAAAUAAACACGCACUGCUUGUACAGACAUUAUAACAAUGGGUAUUUUGACUGUUGAAAGUGUUGCUAACAUCGUUCCUAGUUCAAUAGGGACUUCAACGACCGACUCCAUUUCGACAUGAAAUCCAUUAAUAGGCAUGGUAUUACCUGGAUAUGACGAACAGAAAAUAGCUGGAGGAAACUGUACAUUGGUUAGUACAUGUUUAUAAUCUAGAAAUAUGUAGCUUAUACCACGUGAUACCGACUGACCAGUGGGAGAUGCAUGUUGAUAUUGUUCUUGUUAUGAGGAAAUAAAUCACAUAUUUUCGACAGAAUCAAA